CGUCUCAAGCAUCCAUCCUCCGCCUUUGCGUGUCUUCUGCCUAUUGAAAAUCACCAAAAACACCCUUAAUACUACCCUUGAAGUGACAGGGCUACAACUCUGACGUCAAUCGUCAUACAGGCCAGCUUAUCGUUUCCGCAAGCACCGCUGCUCAACACCCUAUAGCAAAUCAUACCAACCCGCUUCGAACAGCCUCCAGUGUCCAAAUACAAGAUUGAUUCAAAACUUCAACAUCUGGAGACUAAGCUCUUAAUCAGAUCAGGAGCUGCUUUGUGCAGCAAGGGCGUUUCAUAACGCCAUGUCGGGCACGAUGUUGAAAGCGAUCUUCUAUGCGAGGUUUCACGAAGAGAAAGGCCCAACAGUCCUCCACCAAGUCCCCGAAGGCAGCGUAAUCCCCCUCUCGAACACGACCCAACAACCACUCUUCCACUUCCCUAGCAUAUCCAAUCACAUCAUCCCCCGCCGCGAAUUCUGCGAUCGCCCUCUGAGUCUGCUCGCCUCACACCACCGUAUCAUUGGCUUUCCAGUCUGCAUCCACAAUCCAGUUCUCUACCCGCGCUCCGAUUUCAUCUUCAAUUUCUGUCUUGUGGUGGACGAAAAGGCAGAAUGGGGUGCUUAUGCUAGCGUGGUUAGUAAGCUUGCUAGAUUGAUGAGGAAUUUGGAAGAGCAGGCUGGGUGGUUGAGUAAAGAGGAACGCAGGGAAGGGUGGGUGAAGGCUGGAGAGAGGGGGUAUGGAGGUGGCAACAGGGUAUUUGCGAUUUGUGAAAUGGUGUUGGAGGAUUUGAAUUGUUAUUGCGAGUGCAUGAUUCCGAUCGACGAUUCAAACACGUUGAACCUGAAGUUGUUCCCUACGAGGUCGCCGCCGCCUCCAAUACAGAUCUAUCACGUCCCACUGAGCACUGUCCGCUUCAGCAGUCUUCAGACAAACACCUGGGACCUGACAGUGCAACGCAUCAUACCCUUCAUCGACGGCAUAAACUCUGUCCAGAAAAUCGCCGUCCUCGCCGACACAGACCUCACACUGACCAGAAGAGCACUAGCACAUCUACUCUAUUACGGGUGUAUCCUCAUGCUAAACACUUUCCACUUCGGCGCCAUCUACGCCGCAACAGCUGAAAUCGGCGUCUUCGUCGAAGAUACAAAAAUGCAAGAUGAAUGCAGGCGCUACAUCGUAACCCCCCACUCGCCCUUUAAAAACAGCAUCAUUGGCUCCUCCUCCUCUGCCACAAACCAAAACCAACACCAAAACACCACCAACACAUCCAACCAAUCUUCCUCAUUCGCCAACCUCUCCUCCAGCUUCGCAGCCUCCAAAUACCACAAAAGCAGUAACCUCAACCCUUCCACUUCAGGCCCUACAUCCCCACAACCACCUUCAAGAGCUACAGUCCUUCACCUUUAUUCUUCUCUACGUCAAGGUUUACCUCUACGCGACUGGUGUCUCGCUCACGCAUCUUCACUCGCCUAUAUCGAUGUUCGCCGCUUCAUCACUUUCGGCAUCAUAAAGGGGUUUCUGUAUAGAAGCCAUAGAUAUGCUAUCGCGCUGCGAGCGGCGGAUACGGCUGCAGAUGCCGCAGUGGCGGAAGAAGCAUUGCGUAAUAAACGUGAAGCGGAAAAGACUUGGAGGAAGGCUGCGAUGAGUAGUGGAUGGCGCACGCCUGUUGCUUUGCAAGAUGAACCUGCACUAGAUGGAGGAUUUGGAGGUGUGGUUGUGAGAGCGAAGAAUGAAUUCGAGGUGCAAGAAGAGGAGGGUAAGGGAAAAGGAGAAGAGGGCAAGAUGCCUGGGGUGGAGGAGUUGGGCAAGGGGAGGAGUCUUGCUGAUCAGUAUUUGGCUAGGUAUUUGGAUGGGUGUCAUUGUUUGGAUGAGGUGUGUACGGAUACGGGGAUGGGACAGCAAGAGGCGGUUAGAAAGUUGAGGGGGUUGGGGGAUGUAGUGUUUGUGAAUAGGUAGAGUGAUAUUGUCGAGUCAUUGAUGGAAAUGAAGAGAGAGUAGGAAGGCGUUGGAUGUGAGCACUUUUACACGACUAAAUCGUAGGACAAUGAUUUGUAUGACUCCAGCG